GGCUAUGCCAUUCAUGCAAUGAAAUGAAAGAAUGAUCGAGGCAGUGGUCAUCAAUAUGCCAUAAAACGCUCGGGACAUUCGGGAGUGGAUACUCAAUCAAAAAUUCUCAGGCAUAUAAAGGCAAGGGCCAGCCAUGCUGAACCGUCUUGUUUUGCUUUUUGUGCUUGACGCAAUAAAUCUUCCCAAUUCAAACAUUGGAGUAUGCUUUUGGCUUUCCCAAAAACCAAUACUGUAUCUCGCAACACAAUCCCAACGCGCCUGAACAUCCGCACAAUCACGAUCACGUGGCUUCGAUAUUGUCCAAUCAUGUCUUCGACACAAUCUUCACGAGAAGGAAGCUUCGAAAGAGAAGUCCAUAGCACACCUUCGACUCCUGGAAGAGACAGUCAAAGCUCUCCACCACUCGCCCAAAAUUCUACUGGACUUCCGGAAAUUUUGAGGUCACGGGUUUUGGCCAGUCCAAAAGAGUCCGAUGCAGAAUGCUGGGAAAGGAUGUUGGCAUUGCAGAAAGAGUACCAUUGCUAUCAAUCUGCAAGGCUGGAGGCUGCUGUAGAGGCUUUGGAAAACGGUUGGCUACUUGAGGAAGUUCCUAGACCUUCUCGACUUUGCUUAGAUCUUAUUAACGAUGGUUUGAAGGCUCAGAUUCAAACAUUUGACACCUUUCAAGGAGACCUGGUACAAUAAGAGUAGGCUCAGGUUGCACCGCAGUAUCUAUGCCUGUUGAACGAUGACGAGAUCAUAAUGUAAUGGGUGGAGUGAAACACUGGAGCACGGGUUAUAUUCAUUGGCGGAAGCCGGCGAAUAUUGGUAUUCUAGCACUGGCGUUAUGGAAUGGGGUAAUUUGGACACAAUAAUAUUGGAAGGCAAUCGAUACCCACGGUCUGUAUUUUUGCGUUCUUGAAGGCUCAUUCGUAUAUUUGGAGAAGAAUGACUCCAGAUUGGUACGGCGUUCGGCUGGAAUAUAUUUUGAAACAUAGUUUAGAAUUGUCAACCAUAGAAGGGCAAUAUACGAGAAUCACCCAAAAUUGAGCA